AUGGCCGCAUACAAAAUGAACCUUAGUGCAUUAACGUUUCUAAUUUACAUUUUUGUCUUUGAGAAUGUAGUCUUAAGUGAAUAUCGAACAUUAAAUGGAACUAAUAAUGAUAAAGCUAAUUUGGGUGUGAUAAAUAUGCCAUUUGUACGACAACAAGUACCUCUGGGCUUCUUUCAAGAUGAUACCGGAACUAUGGUACCCACUCCAGGAAAUUAUACUACUCUUGCAACGGCUGCAAGUUGUACUGAUAGGUUACCACCUGGUGUCCUUCCUUUACCUAGAUGCGUCAGUAAUAUUCUUCAUUCGUAUCGAUUACAACCGAAUGAUGCUUUUAAUUUGACGCACUUACAACAAUUUAAAUCAAAAAGAAGUAUCUCUCAUGUGGUUAGUGUUGGUCCAGAUACAGGUCAAUCCUUUCCGCAGGGGAUCUAUAUUCCUACAGAUGAUAGAACCUAUCUAUCUAAUAAUAUAAUUGGUCCAAAUGUUACAAUGAACCAACCAUAUUUAGCAUUCAAUCGCUCUCAAGCGCCUGGAAAUGUUGGAAUUAAUAUUGGUACACCUUUUGUCGACGCGUCUCAUAUCUAUGGUGUAACUAAGGAACAAGCUGCCUUAAUUCGUGACACUGGUAACACAGGAAAAAUGAGACUCUUAACUUCAGAUCAAUCAGAAGAUAGUAAAUUUGGGUACCCACCAAAGGAUUCAAAUGGAGAAUAUAUUUUUGG